UUAGCAUGACCUACGACAAACGCUGACCGCCGCUUUACCCUUUUUCCCGCACAAUUCGUGUUCCUCUUUCCAUCAAAUCCUCUAUUUGCAAACCCUAAUCCCUAAAUUCGUUCUGAAAUUCCACCGAUUCUUUCGAUUCCCUAUCAAUUGACCUCUUUUUCAACGCCUACUGUUCCGGAAAUCACUUUCUAGGGUUCCAAUUUUUCGUCGAUUCUUAUUCAGAUCUAAUAUCUUUGUUAGUUAAACAUGGUACAGAAACGUCAACUGGCCGAAGAAGCGUAUGAUGUUUCGUCGAAACAUUUGAAAUUGGAAAACAGUUGCCGGUUAGUUUCAUGCUUGGAGUUUCCUUCAAAAGAUGUGCCCCUAAAACCUUGCAGUUCAGCCAAGGGGGGCCAUUUCCCUAUAGAAAUUCCCGAAAACAACCGCCAAUUUGAAAGUGGCAUAAUCACAGACAAAUCAACAAGAUUAGUUCCGACAGAUGAUACAUAUUCCUGUCUCUUAAGAUUUCCUCCUCUAAAAGAAGUCCCCGUGGGACCCGAAUAUCAACCCCAUAUUCCAGAAUGUGGCGGAUACGACGCAAAUAACGAUGACAAGUUUUUGGGGUCGUGUGUCAUCCCAAUGCCCGAAUCAUAUUCAACUGUAAGCACCGAUUUUGCAGUCGGAAAAGGAAGAAAUGACUGUUUUUGUGAAGACCGUGGUUCUCUUAGAUGUGUCAGACAACAUAUAACCGAAGCAAGAGAGAAUCUAAGAGUAAACAUCGGUCAUGAACGAUUCUCAGCCCUUGGAUUUGACUCCAUGGGAGAUGCCGUUGCCUGCGAAUGGACCGAAGAAGCCGAACGGUUAUUUCACGAGAUUGUGUACUCGAAUCCAGUAUCGUUAGGGAAAAAUUUCUGGGAAAAACUUGAAGAAACGUUCCCUUCACGAACUAAUCAAGAAAUCGUUAGUUAUUACUUCAACGUGUUCGUGCUGCAAAGAAGGGCUGAACAGAACAGAUGUGAUCCAAUAAACGCCGACAGUGAUGAUGAUGAGUUGCAGGUAACCGACUCGUCUGAAGAAGAUGACGAUUCAUGUCUGGAUGAGAUUCAAAAACCACCCGGGUUUAGUAGUAUUAAGAAUCCUGUUUUUGAUGAUGACGAUGAUACGAGGUUUAUAUUCGACGAUUCCAAGGUUUGGGAUGUUGAUUACUUUUCAUUUCCAACAAGUAAAGCAGAUUUCUUGCCCACUGGUAGCAUGAUUGAAGAAGUAUUUGGAGUUGAAUCUUGGGACAUUGAGGUUACAGAUAAUUAAUGAAUGAUGAAGAUAAAGGUGUCUAUGAAUUGUUAUUGUAUUUAUCUUCUGGUUAGGAUUAGUUGGUUUUUUUCAUUGAAGUCAUCAAGGUAUGACUCCCCCCCUAAAUUUUGUAAAUAUUUGAAGGUUAUUUAUAUAUUUAUAUUAGAUAAAUAAAUCAGAAGUUAUCUAAA